AUGAGUUCGAGUCUGAAGAACGAGCUGACCGUGUCUGAUCUCGAGGUUGACUCCCAUGCAUUGCGGUCACUCUCGAGGUCCGCUAUCCUCAAUACCAUCCACAGCCUUCGGGUUGUCAUGACGGCUCUGGCACUGUCAGCUGGCAUCGCAAUCUUGGGCCUUUCAGCAGAUACCCUUUUCGUUUACAAUUCCACGCACUUGCCCACCGAUUUCUUGCUGCCACUGUGGCCUGAGAACUUGGACCUUAGGCCAACCAAUGCCUUGGUCGCUGGCAGCGUCAUUGCUACGGCCAUGAACAUGGCAUCUAUUCUCGCCAGCAAAGCUCCAUCAAUUCGAGGCCGAGUCAAGGUUCAUUCAUCAAUCAGCUUGAUUGUGCCCCUGAUUUCGUUCAUUGCUUCCCUUGUUGCCAUGGUGCUGUUCUACGCCAUCAAUACAUCAACAACUGUCGACACCUUCCAGAGCUGGACAUGCCGCUGGAAGUCUGUUCCCAUGUCAAGUCGACCUCAUUUUGGCACACUAUGCAAGGAGAGUCAGGCUGCUCUAGCUCUAUCCAUGCUCCUGGUUCCGCUAGAGUUGCUUAUCUUGGUGGCUGCUUGCUUCCAAACGAUGCUGGAGAAGAAGGGUUGA